AUGCCACAUAACGGUUCGUUCUCAAUUUUUUUACCGGAACCAUCAUCAGGCUAUUGCAUUUCAAGAAUGGAUGAAAAUUUUACAGCUUCUCAUCGUCAUCAACAGAAAACGGAACCGAUGAAUAAACAUUUACGUCGAUUUCGACUAGAUAGUGGAUUUCGAUCAUUGCUGAAAUCCUACUGUCACGGUGAUACAGCAACUGUAGUAAAUUCAUCCAAAUUUAUCGAUUAUGAUAAAAAUGGUGAACGAAAAAUUGGUUCACGUACUGCCGUUAGAAGUUAUCCAACAUAUACGGAAAAUUCAUUCGGAAAAUCUAUGUCAGAAUAUUUGCGCACUGAUAGUGUUCCAAUCUUAAAUUUUAAACAAUCAUUUUCAACGCUUCGACGAUUUAAGCGACCAAAUUUGGGUUAA